AUGGAUUCUGGUGGAACAGCUAAAAAGCUGUCGAACAGCAAGAAACAGCAAGGGGAUAGUCGAAGUGCUAACGAUAGUUUUAUACCACCCUAUGUAUUGGAUCAUGCUUCCCAACGUCUUUUUAUACUUUCAGUGUUUAUUCUUAUACAAUGUUGGAAAGUCUAUGAUAUUAUCUUGAUAAGGACCGAGACUUUAACUACAAACCCGGUUACGUUGACCAAUCUCAAUAAUUUUACCUUCGUGAUAAAAUAUGCCAUAAUAGAUGGGCUGUUCUUAUGGAUUCUUCCCAUCUUGAAUAUUCCAUACCUAACGUUUUCUCCAUUGCUAACAUUACUUCUAACACUUGGAAUGAAUGCUAUUACAUUUGUUCUUGCUAGUAACGCAGCAAUUCCUCUUUUUGCCAACUUAAUUCUACCAUUCUGGAAAUACAUCUUCAAUAAGAAAGAAUUGACCAUCAUCGGUGAUUCUGUAUCUCCCACAAACGUCAUCGAUAUGAAUUCUCAUUUUAAAGGUAAAUAUACUAUUCAAUACUUGCCUGAUUCAUCUGCUCAUUUCAAUCCAUUCCAUUUCGAUAAACUAUGCUUGGAUACCAAUCACCCAGCUCCAAUAAUGAUGCCAAUAGAAUUUAAUACCACUACUGAUAUUGGGUUUUUACAAAUAGAACAUAUAACUCCUGAAAAUGAGAUUCAUCAUGUGAAUUAUAUAAAAAAUGAUUUAAACAAAUUGUUGAAAAAAGAUACAAGUCAUUUAAGAAAACAUUCUGGUUUUAUCAGUACUGACAAAAGAGUAUUUUAUACCGAAGUUCCAAUACUGGCUCCUGGAAAAUACAGAAUAAGCAAAGUCACUGAUUUAAAAGGUACAGUCAUUCGUUCUUUCAAAUCAGACUUUCUCAUAGCGAGAUGCCCCAAUUCAGAAUUCGUCUACCCCUUCCCUAAUAAAAAGAGCUAUAAGUGUGUUGGGGAUCCAGACAUUGAAGAUAAUGAUUUAAAUUUACCUUUGGUUAAAGUUUCUGGUGUUGCCCCAUUGAAUGUUGAGUUUGAUGCUAAGUUGACUGAUGGAACCUUAUUCAAAUUUCAUAAAACUGUUGAAACUGAAAAGCAAACUAAUACUGAACUAGAUCUAAUUCGGACCGAAACUCUCACUCGUAAUUUGGUCGAGCAAGAAUUAUUAUGGAACCCAUUAAUUCUUUCGACGAAAAAUACAGGUAAAGUUGGCAUUCAAAUUAGGGCAAUUACCGAUCAUUUAGGUAAUUCUAAAAGAUAUAACCCACUUUCUGAGGAUAAUGAUUUAUGGUUUGAAAUUGACUUAAGACCAGUACAACCUAUAAGACUUGUAGACACAAGUGCAAGCAAAGCGUUGUUGGUAAAUUCUUCAAAAACUUUGAAUCUAGAUUAUCUGGCUUAUGAUGGCGAUUUCCCUUUGACUGUCAAUAUAUCCUAUACAAGUAACGAAAAUUCGCUAUUAGAUCAUACUUUUAAAAGAGAAUUUAAAAAUGUACAAGAGUUAAGAAAGGGUAUUGAAGUAAGUAAAGAGGGAAGAUAUCAAUUAGUUGAGGCAUUCAAUAAAUUUUGUCCAUGCAAGGCUGAUCCAACUGCAAUUGAUCUUGUUUUAGCUGGCCCACCACAAGUAGAUAUAAUGGCAGAACCUAUCCUCGAUAAAUGUGUUGGUCUGAUUGGUUAUAAGUUUGAUUUCGAUUUCGAAGGCUCCGCUCCAUUUCUGGUCCAAUAUCAAGUAUUCAAGAAUAUUUCUGGUGGAACUUUAAAGCCUAUACUCAAUGAGCAUGGCCUUACGACUAGGGUUAUCAAAUCUUCUCUGAAACAUUAUAACUUUGAAUAUAAACCUCGUGUUGAAGGUGAGUAUGUUAUUAUUUUCAAGAAUAUCAAAGACGUUAAUUAUAAUAAACAACCAAUCCCUCUUGACGAGAAGAAACAUACAUACCUGACCUAUUUCAAACAAAGAUCGUCGGCAUCAUUUUUUGAAAAUGGUGGUAAGUCUAAAACUUUAUCUACCUGCUUCAAUAGUUCUGCUACGGUACCUUUGUAUUUCACUGGAAAUCUGCCUUUUUCUUUUUCUUAUGAUGUUGUCAAUGUUCAAUCGAAAGAAAAGGCUGUCUCUAAUCAAAAAGUUACAAAUUGGUUUGAUAGUAUUUAUAAUAUUGAGUUACCAUCGUUCAAAAAAGGCGGUACUUAUUCUAUUGUUUUGAAAGAUGCGGUUGAUUCAAUGGGUUGUAAUGCUGAAUUUGACACUGAAGAAUCAAUUUAUGUGAGAACAAGAUCAGACAUACCAGAAAUAUCCUUUGAUAAAGGAUCCAGAGAUUUCAGAAUUAUUGAAGGUGACUCAGUCAAAAUACCGUUAUCACUCAAGUCCUCAAUUGGUAUGUCUUCCAGUGAUCAAUUGAAUUACACAAUUACUGAUUUGUUUGAUAGCAGCAUAUCCAAAUCAAGAAAGCUCACUAAUUUGAAUAAUUUUGUUGUUAGAGAUACUGGUAUAUAUAAACUCACUUCGUUGAUGAAUGGUGGUUGCAGUGGUAAAAUCAGUGAUGAAGAAGAAGUUCGAGUAAGCUUUUACCCUAGACCUAAUCUUACUGUAUCUGCACUUCCAGAAACAGUUUUGAAACAACACCUGGAGGAAAAUUUUGCUUCGGUACAUUUGAAGCGUGUUUGUCAAUACCGUGAAAAUAGAGUCCAAUUGAAUCUCCAGGGGUCAGCCCCAUUUAUCGUUGAUUACGACAUUAAAUUUCCUGGCGGUAAGGUCGAGACGAAAAGUUUAAGUGCUGAUUCGAAUAACAUUGAUUUUGACUUGCCAACAAGUCAAAGUGGAGACUAUGAAGUCGUUUUCAAAGGUGUCUAUGAUAAAUUGUAUACCAAAUCUAGGAUUUUGAGACUUGGGGAAUCUAAAGGAUUGAGCCCUGUUGUGAGGUAUGAUAUUUCCCCAUUACCUAAUGCCAUUUUCCCUAAGUCAUCUAACUUUGUCCAAAUAUGUGAGACUGCUUUGAAAACUAAGAAAUCAUCAAUACCUGCAAUACCAGUUGAAUUCUCUGGAGAAUAUCCUUUCACGAUAAAAGCAUCUUUCAAACAAGGAUUGAAUGGUAAAAGUCAAAAGUUUAUGAUCGAAAACAUCGAUGAACCUUAUUUGCAUUUAUCAAAUGCGUUGGGUUCAAACAAACGAAGUUUAGACAUUGAGAAAGAUCUUCAUGUAGGUGAACACUUGAUCACUUUACAUGAGGUCCAAGAUGCAAAUGGCUGUAAAAAGAAAGAUUUAACCUCCAAUAAUAGAUAUGCUAUUGCUGUAACUGAGGCACCAAACAUAUCAAAACAACAACCAAAUAAACCUUACUAUUGUGUGGGUGACCACAUUUCCUAUAAUAUGAGUGGGGUUUCUCCAUUCACUGUUUUUUAUUCUUUCAAUGGAAAAUCACAAAGAGCAGAACUGUCUCAUAGAUUCUACCGAUUAGCUUCGAAACCUGGUGUCCUUACAAUCAAUGGUUUGCGAGAUUCGUCUGUGAAUAAAUGCUCGGUUAAUUUCACUGAAGGCACCUCACAAUAUGAAUCAUUGAAGUUGGAUGUUUAUGACCUUCCAUCAGUGGAAGUAAGUCAAGGUGAAAAUAUAAUCCGUAACCUUCAUGAAGGUGACCAGACUGAAAUCAAGUUCACAUUCACCGGAACCCCACCAUUUUACUUGAAAUACAUCAGAACUAUAGAGAAUAUCGAUCAAAAUUCCAAGAGGAAGCAUUUAUCUAAACAUAGAAAGCAAAAGAAUAAAGUUUUAGAAACCAAAGUGGUUGAAGGAAUUUGGGACCAUGAGUAUACAGUCUAUGCAAACUUAGAAGGUACCUAUGAAGCUAUUGAGGUCAGGGAUGCAUAUUGCAGAGCAAAGAGAGAUGAUAUUGAAGUUCCUGUCAAUUGA